UGCCUGUCUAUUCCCAACCCGAGCUCAAUUGAGCACAACCACGCAUCGAAAUGCUUUCGCGACACGCGCCUUCACCCAAGGCUGUUGCCUCCAUAUCAGCUCGUGUCCUUCCCUCAACAGCGGGCGCCACCUCCCGACUCCCUUCCUCCAUUUCUCCAGCACAGCAGAGCCGCGGCCUUGCCACAGUUGCAGAUGCCCCUCCUCCUCCGAAGCGGACACAAUUUGGUGGAUUAAAGGAUCAGGAUCGCAUUUUCCAGAAUCUCUACGGACAUCAUGGAGCCGACCUGGCUAGUGCCAAGAAGUAUGGAGACUGGCACAAGACGAAGGAAAUCCUGCUGAAGGGCCAUGACUGGGUAUGCUAGAUAGCCCGAUAGACAUUUGAAAUGUCAGGAGCUGACGUAUCAUAUAGAUUAUCUCCGAGAUCAAGGCUUCAGGUCUACGAGGACGUGGUGGUGCUGGAUUCCCCUCCGGAAUGAAAUGGUCAUUCAUGAAUUUUAAGGAUUGGGAUAAAGAUAACAAGCCAAGAUACUUGGUUGUCAAUGCUGAUGAAGGCGAGCCUGGAACUUGCAAGGACCGAGAGAUCAUGAGAAAGGACCCUCACAAGCUCAUUGAAGGAUGUUUAGUGGCCGGGCGAGCAAUGAACUGCACAGCUGCAUACAUCUAUAUUCGUGGCGAAUUCUACCACGAGGCGACAGUCUUGCAACGAGCAAUUCAGGAGGCGUAUAAGGAUGGAUUGAUUGGAAAGAACGCAUGUGGAAGUGGCUACGACUUUGACGUGUACCUGCAUCGCGGAAUGGGAGCUUAUGUUUGCGGAGAGGAGACAUCACUUAUCGAAUCACUUGAAGGCAAACCCGGAAAGCCCCGUCUAAAGCCUCCAUUCCCAGCUGCCGUUGGCCUCUUUGGAUGCCCAUCGACCGUGGCAAACGUUGAGACAAUCGCAGUGGCACCAACGAUUUGCCGAAGAGGAGCAGGGUGGUUUUCAUCUUUUGGUCGCGAGCGAAACUCUGGAACCAAGCUUUUCUGUAUCUCUGGCCAUGUCAACAAUCCAUGUACUGUCGAAGAGGAGAUGAGCAUUCCUCUAAGGGAGCUGAUCGACAAGCACUGUGGUGGUGUCCGUGGUGGAUGGGAUAACCUCAAGGCUAUCAUUCCCGGCGGUUCAUCAACUCCAAUUCUUCCUAAGAGCGUAUGCGAUGAGCAGCUCAUGGACUUUGAUGCUUUGAAGGACAGCCAGUCUGGCCUGGGAACGGCCGCCGUUAUCGUUAUGGACAAGAGCACAGAUGUCGUUCGUGCUAUUUCCAGAUUGAGUCAUUUCUACAGACACGAGUCUUGUGGUCAAUGCACUCCUUGCAGAGAGGGUAGCAAAUGGACUGAACAAAUCAUGAAGAGAUUCGAAAAGGGACAAGGUCGUGAGCGAGAAAUUGAUAUGUUGCAAGAGUUGACGAAGCAAGUUGAGGGACACACCAUCUGCGCUCUUGGGGAGGCUUUCGCAUGGCCUAUUCAGGGUCUCAUUAGACAUUUCCGACCAGAAUUAGAGGCACGCAUGCAAGACUAUGCCAAGGCUCACGGCGCGAAACAAGCAUUAGCAGGUGGAUGGGCUCCAGACGCAAGACAGCAGGGACAAUUGAUUGCACCUGGGCAAUAG